AUGCCCACGCCCUCGCCCUCGCCCUCGCCCUCGCCCAUGUCCACCGCUGCCUCGACCCUCCACAGCGCCUCCAAUGCUUUAAGCCAGCCUGCCGCGACCCCCGGCCACAAACUGAAAAUGGCCUCGUCCGCCAAAGCCAUGGACGCACACCGCAAGCCCGGAAGCCCCGUCGACGCCGCCCAGAGGAAAUCCCCAGCGCCCAAGCCCUGGUCACACGGAUCCGCGAACCCCAUCACCCACCGCUCGUCCACCUCCACCCCUUCCAACGGCCUCGCAAGCACCCCCAAGCCCGCCAACGCCGUCUCCGCCGAGACUGCCACCCCCAUGAGGCACCUCAGCGACCGCAUGAUGUACCUGCUGGCCAACUUGACGGGCCUGCCGGGAACCAUCACGCUCAAGAACGGCGCAAGGUACUCGGGCGUGCUCUCAGGCACCUCGCUCGACCCCAGCGAGCUGCGCUAUGUCUUCAAGAUGGUCAAGCUGCUGCAGCCCGCCGACCAUGCACAGCCCAACGGCCAGCCUUCCGACGAGUACGCUGGACAGGGCGAGUCGCACGUCAUGUCCUUUGACAUGACCGAUGUCGCCGAUUUCCAUGUCAACAACGUCGUCCUCGACAAGACACAAGCCAAGCCCCAGAACGGCACCGCCGCCUUCCGCACCGACGCCGACAUCUCCGGCAACCUGGCCCUGCGUGAGCGCAACCUGCAGAGGUGGGAGCCUUCGGAGCACGACACGAGCCUCGAGCUUGGAUCCGGCGGCCUGGCGGGCUGGGACCAGUUUGCUACCAACGACCGCAUCACCGGUGUGAAGAGCAACUACGACGAGACCAUGUACACCACCGCCAUCGACCGCAGCAACCCCCAGUACGCGCAGAGGGCAGCGCGUGCCGAACGUCUCGCUCGCGAAAUCGAGUCCAGCACGGCAUCAAACGCCCACGUUCGAGAGGAGCGCGGCGGCCACCAUGCUCAGGACGACCAGGGCCUCGACGAGGAGGACAAGUACAGCGGUGUUCGACGACACUUCUCCCCGCUCCCGAGUGGACAGCCGAACCGGUACACGCCCCCAGCACGACGUGCGCCAAGCGCUCAGCCCACCGUUCAGGGUGCGCCCAUCGACCCUGCCAUCCUGUCUUCCACAAUCGCACGCCCGGACUCGGCAGCUGCAAAGCCAGCGCAACGCACGGCCAGCCCCAUCGUGGAGAAGCCGGCCGACGCUGCACCUGCGCCGCCAGCACCUGCGCCGCCAGCACCUGCGCCGCCAGCACCUGUAGCCGUGCCUUCACAGCCCAGCGCGCCCAAAGACGCUGCUCCCCAGGCCGAGGCCGAGGCCAAAUCGGCGGCUGCAUUGGAGCCUGUCGCGGAACCAGCGCAGAAGCCCAGCAGUGCGGCCAAGCCGGCCAUGGCCGCCAUUGCAGCCAUCCCUCCUCGCAAGUCUGCACGCCCACACGACGCCACAACCAACGUCGAGCAUGACCUGCUCGACUCGUUCAAGGCCUUCUCCGCAGCCGAGAAACUGCGCGUGACCGAGCGACAGAGAACGAUUGCGCGGGAGAACAAGGCCGUAAAGCUCAAUGACCUGAAGAAGUUUGCCCUCAACUUCAAGCUGAGCACGCCGGUUCCCACCGAUCUGGUUCCCAUCCUCGCCAAGGACGAGACAAAGCAGGCUGCGAUUGUGGAGAAAGCCCUUAAGCAGGCGCAGGAGACCAAGCCUUCGCCACCCAAGACACCCUCCACCGUCUCCGACCCGAAAGCAGCUGCGCGAGCUGCUGCUGCCAAGCUGGACGCUACAAGCACAUCUCCCAGCGACCGACAGCAAGCGCAACGUCCGCGUCCAGGCCAGUCCGCCUAUCCGUCGGCCAGCAUGCGCGAGCGUUCGCACCAAGCUCCGGCUCAGAUUCCCGCCCGCAACCAAGGCUCGCUCAGCACCCGCCUGCAGAUGAACCAGCAGCAGCACAAGCAGCAAGGCGCCCCUCCCUACAACGGUGUACCUCAACCGAUACCCGCGCAGGACACGCGCGCUCCCUCUGGCCCUUCGCAAGCGUCCAGCGGAGCGCCGACGCCCACCUCUGGGGCUUCGUCGCGAUUCAAUGUUCGCGCCCACGAGUUCAGGCCCAACCCUGCCGCAAACACCUUCCAGCCUGGUGGCAACACCAGCGCCACCUCCAGCCCUAGACCCGACUCUGCAUCUCGACAAGAGUCCCGCAGGACGCCUGCCAUAACCAGCUUCUUCGGCGGACACCGCCCGACUCUAAAGGCUGUCGACGCCAAGGAAGCCUUCAGUCCUUUGGAUCGUCUGGCAAAGGUGGCUACAGACGCCGACAAAAAGUACAACGCCGGCGUCCCAUUCUCGCACCGCACCCCGCCGACCUGGGACUUCCCCGAGUCGAACCGGGACAAGGGCUACAAGGAACUGUUCGAGCAUGUACCGCCUCGCCAAAUGGCAGCCCCCCACAACGGCAUGGCAAACGGCCCCCUGCCUCAUCAGCACCAGCUGCCGCCGCACCUCCAGGGCCCCCAGGGCAUGCAGCAAGGACACACGCCUCAACACACGCCUCGUGGUCCUCACGUGCAGCCGCACCACGGCCAAGGUCCGCCCCAUUUCGAGGCGCCCCACAUGCAGUUCUCGCAUUCGACCUCAUCGGUCCAGCCGUCGCCUCGCCAGAUGCCGCCUUACGCGUACGGUGCGCAACCUCAGCCCAUGCCUGGUUACCCGCAGCAGAUGCAGAUGCCCCAGUACGGCAUGAGCCCUGGCGUUCAGCAUGUUGCGCUUCGCGGUCCUCAAGGAGGCCAGUUUGUCAAUGGCCCCGGACCUCAGAUGGGCGGACACAUGAUGCAGCAGCAGCCUUCCAACGGACCCUUUAUGGGCAUGCCUGGCCAGCCGCAGAUGCAAAUGUAUGCGCAAGCGCCUGGGUACCCCCACUAUCCCGGCCACAUGCCUCCUGGCGCGAAUGGCUUCCCCAGCCCCAGGCCUGGAGCACCGAUGAUGAGCCACCAAGGAUCGCAGCAAGGACACCAGCAGCCUCCCGUCGUGUACAUGCAACCCGGCGCGCAGGGCCCGCAGAUGUACCAGAUGCCGCCAGCCAGCAUGACGCCCAUGCGAGGUCCCUACCCACCACAGCACCAGCCUCCGUACGGCUCGUCCCCGCACCAGCAACACCCAUUCCCCCACCAAGCCCAUCGCGGCACACCCAGCGCGAGCUACGCGCAGCCGAUGGUGCAUCAGCACUCGCAGCACCAACACCAGGCACCCCCCACCGGCCCAGCCAAGCACGGAAGCGAGAGCACGGAGGAGCCGAAAUGA